GGUGACUGUGGGGCCGCGAGCCGUCUAUUGUUGGGUGGUGUCUGAGUUUCUCUGCGUUCGGGCUCUGGGAGUGCGAGCGGGGGUCCCCAGAUGACUCCAUACUAAGGAGGAUGAGCUGUAGCCACUGGAGGGCGACAGAUGGAGGGAAGCCGCAACGACGGAGCUCCUGCAGGAGCUGCUGAUAAUCCCAAGGAGAAUGCUGGUCAAGCCGGGAGCUUGCCAGACCCCCGCUCCAGAGAUGUUCAAAAGAAUAGUAAAGGGGUCAUCUUUUCAUCUCCAUCAACUUUAGACUUGAGUCAGAGUGGUCUGCGCAAUCUGGAAAAGGUCUUUAUAAUCCCCAGCCUUCAACAAUUGCAUCUUCAGAGAAAUGCCCUCUGCAUGAUUCCUAAAGAUUUCUUUCAGUUACUGCCAAACCUGACUUGGCUCGACCUCCGGUAUAAUAAAAUCAAGGCACUUCCUUCUGGGAUUGGCUCUCACAAGCAUUUGAAAACUUUGCUUUUAGAAAGAAAUCCUAUCAAAACGUUACCUAUGGAACUGGGGAACCUAGCCACACUAAGGGCACUGAACUUAAGACAUUGCCCCCUGGAAUUCCCUCCUCAGCUGAUUGUGCAGAAAGGAGUGGUAGCCAUCCUGACCUUCCUGCGGCUCUGUGCAGUAGAGCGUGACUUCCCUAAGGAUGCAGCUUCUCAAGAGCACUCACCUGUUAAAAAGAUGGACCUAAGUGAGCUUCCAGAUCUCGUGCAAGAUUUAUCAAAAUACAGGAUGUCUACUAGAGAAAUCAUGAAUCCUCAGGACUCAAAGGCCGUUAUGACGAAAGAGAAAGUGGACUUUCCCCAGGCUGUUAUAGACUUGAGUGAGUUCAGAAGAUCCACCGAAUCCCCAGAACCAUGGCCAAGUGAGGAGGAAAUCAAGCGCUUCUGGAAGCUGAGGCAGGAGAUUGUGGAGAAUGAAAAAACAGAGGUUCGUGAAAACCAGCUCUUACCCGUUGAGUUGCCACCAAAUAUCAAGGCAGCAUUAAACAAGGAGAAAGAAUACUCAAAGCCAAGGCACAUGUUCAGAAGGAAGAGGCCCUCUUUCAAGAACAUCUUACCUGAUCUCUCAUCACCGUACCAAACAAUGAUUCCAACAAAAAGACUCGAAGAGCAGCGAGUAGCAGCGCUCAGAGAGCUCCGAGAAAAACAGGCUCUGAUGGAGCAGCGGAGGAGGUGCGUCUGUAGAGCAGGAGACAAAAGAGCCCUGCAGGAAUGGAGAGAGCAGGCCCAGAUGCUGAAGAAGAAAAAGGAGGAACUCAGCAAACUCCUGCCUUCACCUAGGCGUAUGGUGGCAUCAAAGAUUCCAUUUACUUCACAUCUGAAAGAUCAUGGGAGGAUUCCAGUGAGUCCACGUGGCAAAAUGAAACACAGCAAAGAGAGCUCAUCCCAGGCGAGUGAAGAAAUAAGUGCCUCCCAAGUGGCAGCAGAUCUGGAGGAAAAGCUAAAGAGGCACAUUGAACAAGUACAUGCACGCAGGAACUUCCGAGGUGUACCCGUGCUGCAGGAGAUGAAGACAGCCGCCCAGGACUUGGACAUUCCUUUCUCUGGGAAAUGCAUUCUGUCAAGCCAGGAGUUGGGGGUCAGUGGCGCAGGAAAAUGGAGCCCAGCCUACCUGCUAGCAGGGCUGGAGCCCACCGGCUGAGGUCCACUCCCAGAGAGACAAAAUCUGGCCAGGAGGAAGAAACAUUGUGGGAUUUUAUAGUUUGGGAGGAUGAAUGACAGAGACAUAGAAAACAAUAAAAUUUCUAAAAGAAGGUGAUGGUUACUUACACACACAUACCAAAAAAAAAAAAAAAAACACAUUAAUGUUUACAUAAAAGAAAAUAAUGGAUGCAUAUUUAUUAGAUCAAUAGCAAACAAUGUUUCCUUAAUCUUACUGAUGCAAACCUGAAUGACAAUGGAACCUCUGACUGUGCCAUAAAGGUGGUAAGAGUCUCAAGAAUCCUGGGCUGGAGGUAGAGGUCCAGCUGUAUCCCUGGGCAGACAAAAGGAAAGCAGGUGGGAAGGCCCUAGGGCCCCCCUCCUGGGGUGGGAAAGUAGGGGCCUUACAGGUCCCAGUGCCCCAUGCAGAAGUAAGAGAGCCUUCUCCUCAGCAGCUAGUGACUUUAUUCAUGUGUGAUAGCAGCACUUCCUCUUAUGUUCUCUUGUUCUGGCCAUUAGAAGGGCUGGGAACAUGGAAUGUAGAACAGAAAGCGUGCACCUGAGCCCAGGUGUAGCACUUUCCCUUCCCUGGUGGGAGCAGGCUGGUCCUUGGUUUCUGUGUCCAUGGGUUUUUCUGCUCGCUGAGCAGUUGCAGGUCUCAGGUGGGACCGUGAACAUGGUAUAUUCACCUGAGGGUGGUACCAGUUUCAACAGGAUUCUCUGUUCACCCAUUCAUUCAGACUGCCAUUUGCACUGGACACCUGGGUGGGACCGCUUGGGGACACUGCGAUGAAUGGCCCACACAG